AUGGAACGCAACAGCACAACUUAUUUUGCCAACAGCGAGGACAGAGCGUCACAAAGUUCAACAUAUUUCGUCGUUGUAUUAAUUUUCACAAGCGUAGUUAAUAUCACUUCAAAUGUGUUGGUGCUGGUCAUUUUAGCGCGAAACAACCGCCUUCGCACAUUUACGAACUGUUUCAUCGCCAACUUAUGUGUUGUGGACUUAAUCGCUGGAAUCGUUGUAGUUCCCGCUACCAUUGAUUCACUUCUGACAAAAACUGAACCACGCAGCAACGGAAGUUUACUAUGCCGAUUCUAUGGCUUUUUGAACUCGCUUUAUGGCAUCGCAUCUUCAUUGACAGUAGCUGUAAUCGCUUUAGAUAGAUAUCACAGUAUUUUGAACUGUCUUCGUUAUGAAGUAAUCGUAACACAACGAAGAACGGUUUUCGUUGUCGCGUGGACAUGGUUACAAGCAUUUUUCGUCUCUUCGUGCCCGCUCCUAGGCUGGGGGCAUUUUUUGUUAAACCCCUACCAACGCUGUUCUGUAUAUUUCCCGGAUCUAACUGGCUUUAUAUUCUUCAAGACUAUCAGCUGUGUAUUACUACCAUAUUUUAUCACCGUUUUCUGCUACAGUAGAAUACAUUUAGUUGCAAGAAGACACGCCAAAACAAUUGUAAACAUCCAAGUUCGCGACGCAAAAAACCGCAUUAAGGGAACGUGCCUUUCAGGGGCUUCGAAAAAAACGUUAAUGGUAUAUAUCGUGUUGGGAGUGUACACGACUUGUUGGUUACCCUUUUACGGUAUAGACCUUCUUAUGACUAUUUAUCCAAGAACAAAAAUUCCAGAAACGGUUAUUUUAACUACGACUGUAUUAACCCUGGUGAAUUCAGCUUGCAAUCCAAUAAUGUAUGCAUUGAUCACCAGCCAAUUUAGGGGCGGACUAAAACGAGUUUAUCGCCAGAUUCGUCGGAGUAUUUUCGCGGGAGACUCGAGGCAAAUAAACCUGAACGGGCCGCGAGGAGAUUCGCGCAGUUCAUGGACAUUUACAAGAUCGAGCGCUAAGCGAAUAUUUGCUGCUCAAGAAACUGCAGUGCGGCCGAGACUUGCUUGUGCGGUGAUAAGGGAAGAAAGUUCUAUGAAUGCGAAAAUGCCAGAUAAAACUAGUCGAAUUGUGGAUUCCCCGGCGACAAUCUAUCCUUUGACAUUACAAGUUCCGGAGGAGACAGGGCAUAAAAGUUUUAAAAUUAUUAAAAACGGGUGGACAGGGGACGGUACACAAUUAGCUUAG